AGGAACCAUAGCUAUCGUAGUCAAUGCUCUAUGCUCUACAGUCGGAAGGUUGCAAUUAAGAGAAAUACGAUCCACCAGAGACAUGACAUUUACCCAUGGUCGAUACUCGGUAGUAACCCAAACAUAACCAUUACCGACAUGGCUACGCAUUGUAGCAACCACAUCCGCGUACGUUUGCACUUUGACUAUCCGCCACCGGCAGUCGUGGAUUGUCGCAUGUGCUGGCUGCUUGUGGAUUUAAACACAUGUCGCAUGGUGUCUGACCUGGAGAGCACCAUCAGAGAUAAAUUUGAGUUCAGCCGGCGGAGCAUUAUCAGCCUCUUCAUAGAGGAUUGCUAUCUACUACACACGGAAAGCAUUUAUGUUGUACGGGAUAACGACUGCCUCAGAGUGAAGGUGGACUGUGUGUCUCACCUUAAUGGGCUCAGCCACCAUCUAAAUAAACCAAGUGAAAACUCCAAAAAGAGACAGAGACGCAACAAGGCAAAAAAUAGCGGCGAAAAUGUAACGUGUGUGGAACGAAUGGAAACAAAGAGGAAGAAAAAGGAGAUUCUGCAAGUCGAUACCAAUAAGACACCUGAUGUGGACACGAACAAUCUAAAAAAGAAACUCUCAAAGAAGAAAAAGCAGAAGGUAGAGGGAAAUAGUCUAACAGCUACCGACCAACCAGAAUUUUUUCCCCUCCAAAAUCACAAAGACCACCCAAGCUCCAAGAUUAAGGAUAUACACCAAACAAAAUCGCAGAAGACCCCUUCUUCAGAUUACUGUAGUGUGCAGGAUGAAGUCCCCAACAAAACAGGAACCAAAACAGACUCUUCUAUCCCUGCAAAAGUGCCUCAUCCCUCAAAAGUACCAAGCACCAGUCCUGCCAAGAUUUGUUCCUCCUCCUCAGAGACAAGCUCCUCGGAUGAGGACACCACUGUGGAUCCCAAGCCUAAAAAUAAUGAUUUACCCGAUAUUGGAUUACGAUUGAAUCACAAGUCGUGUUCUAAACAAUCAAACUGUGCACAGAAAAAUUAUUCAAGUGUGUCAGGAUUCCCCUUUGACCAAAUCAAAAUGUCUCAAGAGUCUUGUGACAAAAACAAUGGGGACAAGGCAGAUCUGGUUAACCUGCAGCGCACGCAAGAAGAAAGUCUCAGUAACGGUGUUAAAAAUGCUCCACAAGAUUACGGUGCUAUGCCCCUUCUAGCUGCCCCUCCACAAGUGGGACAGAAGAUUGCAUUUAAGUUGCUGGAACUUACUGAGAAUUAUACACCAGAGGUGUCGGAAUACAAGGAGGGUAUGAUUAUGAGCUUUGACCCAAUAACGAAACAGAUUGAGCUGGAAUUGCUUUCUGCUUCACAAGCCCCUUCUGAGCCUGGCAAGUUUGACCUGGUGUAUCAGAACCCAGACGGAUCAGAGAUUGUGGAGUAUGCUGUGUCCAGAGGAUCCAAGGUAACAGAGCAGUGGGACUCUCUACUGGAACCAAGGCUUAUUAUUUAAGUCAGUGCACAACUGUAUACUCACUGUAUUUGACCAGACACAUUAGGUUUCACUGUAAUUAUGUGAAAAUAUUUUGUCCGUCUUUUUAUGGAAGCACCUGAUCUUUAUGGUACAGUAACAAAUCAAUUUUUAAUACGUUUUCUACAUGUUCUUCAAAAUGUGGAUCAGACUCCAUAUAUUGCCUUUCACUUCCCUAUGAUGGUUUCCAGAUCUAGGACAUUAGAGUUUUUUGUGAGAUUCCCCCACCCCGAAUAAAACACUGCAGUCAUUUUUUUGC